CUAUUCUGCAUCUAAGAUUCCUGGAAGACAUGCUGUAAAACUGUGGACUCAGUGGUCGUGCUCAGGCGCUGGUGGGUGGAGACUGAGACCGGUGCAGAGAUCAUGAUAUUUGCCGAUUCCAAGGAAAUGCAGUGUGUCUUGAUCUUUCACAAUUAAUGGAUGAGUGUUUGAGUGAUGUCCUCAUAGCGGGCCUGAUCACAGCAUGGAUCAGAUGACAAUGAUCUCUCCCACUUUAGAUUUCUCUAGAUCUGAAGAGGGAGACAAUGUGCAUGUUUCGGAAAGCCGGCUACCCUGUAAUGAGGAUAGGAAAAAGUCUGAACUAUCUCUGGAGUUGCAUUUGGAGGCUCUGAAGGCCAAACGCAAGCAGCAGCUGGAGAAAUUAGAGCUUCAGCACCAGAAUGGCCUGGAGAAGAGGCUCCUGCAGAACUCACUGCUCACCACGAGCACUGAAUGGAUACUUAAAUCCAAAACACUUCAGCAGAGCAUCAGCGAUAAUGAUGGGCGAAACUCUGAGAACCGCAAACACCACAGUUCAAAGGUGUUUCUGCAUAGUUUUACUUCAAAUGGAGUCAAGGCACCAAGAACUACUGGAUCUGGUUCUCAGGGAACUGUGAUAGAGAGACAGAGGAAGCCUCUUCCCCAGGAUUCACAGAAAGCCAAAGAGAAGGCAGACCUGGCUGAGUGUCAGAAACAGUUUCGUGUUGCUCCUGUCCCCGAGCACAUCUCUAAACCUCUUUAUGAUGACCUCAUCCAUGAACAAGAGCGCUUGAGGAAGGAAGGUCGUGAGCAGAGGAGAGAUUUCCUCUUGACCAUGCAGAAGCCCUUCAGGUUCCACAAGAGGGAGGAGAAGAAGCAAGAGAGGCUGAAGGAGGAGAUGGCCUCUGCUAAUAAAAGUGAAAAAACAGAACCAGUUUGUGUGAGAAAACCUAUACCGAAAGCAAUCUCAGACCCCAGGUUCUCUGAACGGCUGAAAGAGCAGGAGCAGCAAAGGAAGAUUCGCAUUCAUCUUAGAGCUCAGGAGACGCUGAAAGCCUCCUCAGCACCCAUUCAAAGACAAGAACCCAGUGCAGAUAGACAGACUCGCAGUGCUCAGACGAGCAAAUCCAAGAUGCUGGGUUACUUGGAACAGAAGUUGUCCUUCAGACCUAAAACUAAUGCUGCCGUGCCUGACUUUGACAAGCUCUAUCAGGCCUUUCAACAAAAGGCAAUGGAGGCAAGAGAGAGGAGAGAUGUCACUCAGUGUAAACCCUUCCAGCUGCGCACAUCCACACUACAGCCUCAUCAUAGGAGCCCAGAAAACACACAGGAAUCUACAGACAAGACGGAUCUAAAGAGAAGCAGUUCAUUUGGUGGCCUGACAUCACUGUCUAUGGAUACUCUUCCAACUUACAUCACAGAUGCUGCCAGAAAAAGAUCCAUGGCUGUAAGGAGAUCUCUGGAGCUGAAGGACCUCGAGCAGCAGGAGAAUGCAAAGUGGAUGAAGCAGCACAGAAUCAAGUCCCAAGCUAUGAGCAGGGCAGUAGCAAUGAGAGCCAAGGCAAUGGACCCUCAUAAAAGUCUUAAAGAGGUCUACCAGGAGAAACUCAAACAGCACCGGCAAGCUGAUCUGGAGAGGAUGAAAGAUUAUCAAAGAGAGCUGAAGGAAAUCAAAACCCGAGUGACAGCUCGCCCAUACCUGUUUGAGCAGGUUUCGCAGAAAAAUGCCAAGAAUCAUGCUGAACGCAGAUACAGGGAUACUUUGGAACAAGCAGGUCUGGAUGAAAAUUUCGUGAGAUCAAAAGGAGAAACAAAUAAGGCCAUCCAUGUGGACAGUGAGUCUACAGAUGAAGAUCAUUACAGCACUGAAAGCGAAACCCAGAAGAGUGCAGGAAGUGUGGAAGACUGUGUCACAAAUGAGGAGGAAAAAGAAGGGAAUGUGGAAACCAAAGAGGAAGAGUUGCGCUGACAGACGCGGUUGGUGGGCCAGUGUAUUUCAUCCAUAUUCCACAUGUGCAGAGGAGACUGUGGUCAGACAACAAAUCGCUGACAGAUCAUUUCAGUUUUGAAAAUUCGUGUUGUGUAUGAUUGAUUUUUUGUUUUGUAGAUUUUACUGUAUUUUGUAUGACUGUACACUGUGCCAGUGAAUCAGUGUGGGUCUUUAUACAGCUGAGCCCUCUUGUUUGUUAAUGUUUUUACAAUAGAGAAUGGAUUAUGAAUGUUCAAGAAAUUCCAUAUGGGUGUCAUAACAUUUUUAAUAAAACUGAAAAUCAAAAGCAAGUUUAAUUUUAUGAUUCCGAGUAUGUUAUGGGGGCUACCGACCCAACAAAGACAGAGAAUUAACCAAAAAACACUUGGCAACCAGAGGAGCUGCAUAUUAAAAGCAGUAUAUUUGCUUGAGUUCUACUUACUGCGCAUUAAAUCAUCUUGUAAACCACAGAAACAGCUCUUGGGUCUGGUGUCGGGCACCCUCAAGGUUUGCAAACAGUAAACUGGGGAAGCCUCAUCUUGGCCCGAACGCAUCUUCCACCUGGAGUCUGUCAAGUGUGGCUUUGAACGUCUGCUAUAAUUAUGAUCUAUAACUGUCACAGAGACUAGCUUUAUUCACGAAACUCCAUUUGAAUAAGUACACAAAUAACAUUCUAAGACAACUCUUCUUUAGCACAAGGCCCAUCUGAAAUUCUCAUUCCUGAAGUCAGGCUAUUUUGAGAGUCAUAGCGCUGGUUGAGUAAACAGCCCUCUAUUGGAAAAAAGAGCUUGCGCUAGUGCGUUUGGCCACAUCAAGAGCUUUUUACUCCAAUUGGCUUCUUGAGUCCUGGUUGGAUUUUUAGUGAUUUUUAAAGGAAUUAAUGGAAUUUGUGUUUCUGUGUAAUGGAAUGGACAGUUCUUUAGUUAUUUUGAAGAUUUUAAGUCAUAAUUUCUGCUUUUGCUGUAACAUGAUGAUCUCAAGAUGAAACAUAAUUACUUUAAACAAGCCGUGUAGCGAGCAGUGUAUUUUGAAGGCUAAAAUUGAACUUUCGGUGAACAUAUGAUAGCCAGUUCUGUCCAUUUUGUUGAAUAAGUUAUAUAUUUAGUGGUUGAAGGAAUGAUGACACUGAAAAAUCAAACGAGUCAACUGCACAUUUGAAAAUGACUGCCCAGUUUCACCUCAUGAUACCCAUUCAUUUUGUUUCGGAAAUACUUUUUUUUUUGUUUUGGUUAAAUGAGGUUUAGGUUGAAGUACAGUUGGGCUUUGAGUCGGGGUCAAGACCUGGCAGCAGUUUGAUGCGUCAUUUCGAAAAGAGUGUAUUUACAGGUUGUGUGUAUAUGAACAUCACCACAAAGUCGUGCGAGAGUGAAACUUUUGAUUUUGAGCAUCGAGUUUCAGAUUUGGGAUGUGUUGGUGGAAUAAACAUGACUGUGUUUUUCUAGACCAGCCUGGAAGUGUGCGUUCCGCUGGUUUCCUUGACACAAACAGCCAACAGGAUGAACAAAACUUUUAAGAGUUUUAAGCCUAAGUACUAUAGAAGUAAAAAGAUAAAGUUAGGCUAGAAAUAAAACAUUUUUUUUGGAGGAAUACAAUAAACUCAACAAUUUAAUAAAAGUGGACUAGUGAGUAGAUGAGUUCACACAUUCAUUAAGAUGUUUAAUAUUCCCAGACAACCUGUUAAGUCCCAUUUAGCCACUUGUUAAAGGGAUAGUUCACCCAAAAAUGAAAAUUACCCCAUGAUUUACUCACCCUCAAACCAUCCUAGAUGUAUAUGACUUAGCUCUAAGGGGGUUAAUAAAGUUCUAAAAUGUAUCAAUGUGUUUUUGUGAGAAAAAUCAAAAUAUUUAAAACUUUAUAAACUGUAAUCUCUAGCUUCCACUCACUGUCAUGUACAUGUUCAUGAAAAAGCGGCGUUCCAGCGGAUGACGUAGAGACGAAGACGAAGCGUAAGCUCCGAUGAGAAUAUGCUAGUUUCUCAAGAACCAAGUUUUGUUUACAACAAUGGAAAACCAGUCUCCUCUUAGCUUAUAUCGAAAUCCUCUGCUAUUUUUCUUUACAGAUUCUCGUUUUGUACUUCAUUCGCUGGAACGCGCGUACGACAGCAGAAGCUAGAGAUGAUGGUUUAUUACGUUUUAAAUAUGGACAUUUUUUGUACACUAACGCAUCGAUUCACUGCAGAAGGCCUUUAUUAACCCCCCAGAGCCAUGUGGAGUACUUUUUAUGAUGGAUGGAUGCAAUUUACUUUGCUUCGAAAUCUCAAGAGCCAUUCACUGCCAUUAUAAAGCUUGGAAAAGCCAGGAUAUUUUUUAAACUCUGAUUGCAUUCGUCUAUUAUUUACACCUGGGAUGGCUUAAAGGUAAGUAAAUCAUGGGGUAGUUUUCAUUUUUGGGUGAACUAUCCCUCUAAGUUUUUUUAAGAUGUAUAAAUGCUUUAAAAAAUAAUGAGUACUACCGAUAAAGCAUGAAAAUAAUGGAAUCGAAAGUGCAAAAAAGUUGUAAAACUCAUUUCCUGCAGCACUCUGUGGACGCAAUGUUUACAGUGAAAUGCAUGAAAUUAUUAUUUCUUUGUUUUCAUUUACAGUAAGAGUUGCAUGUAGAAUAGUAUUGGACAGUUACAAUAGAGCAUGUAACGAGUUUAAAAACAUACAGAAGGUUACUUUUUGCUAAUCUUUCAAGU